AAAAUAAAUUUUCAAUAAAUUCUUACACGCGAAUCUUUUGAAUUUUAAUGAUUUUCUAUUCGUUGGAUAUUUUUAUAAAUAAAAUUUUUAUCUAAGAGCGAUCAAACAAGAGCGUUGAAUUAUAUGUAUAAGCUCUGGCAGAGAAUACUAAUUUUUCGACGAUUAUCCUUUAUCAGCGAUAGACUUGUAGUUUAUUAAGCGGAUAAUCCUGAUUUUAAUGUAUCCUGAAACACAACGGAAAAUAAGAACCGACGAGAGGUCAAUUCUGUUGAAAUAACUUGGACCAAUCGUGUAAGACCACGAUCGCAAUGGCGGCGUGGCUGAACAGUUUUAUGUUAUUGGGUGGUUAGGUAGAGGCUUCUAAAGCCAGCAGGUUUGUUUUAUGUAUUGAAAUAUUCAUAUUGUCGUGGCCCAAUUUUUUAUUCAGUCAUGUACCAUUGUGGUUUAUUACUGGUCUUAUUGGAUCUGUUUUUAGAUGUGGUUGGGAGCGUUUCCCAGUUAGAAAUUGACAGGCAUUUGGAAUUAGGUAGAGAAUUUUUAGCGAAAGGCCAAUUACAGGAUGCACUGUCACAUUAUCAUGCAGCUGUUGAGGGAGAUCCAAAUAACUAUUUGACAUACUACAAAAGGGGCACAGUAUAUCUAGCACUGGGUAAAGCCAAAUUUGCACUCCUUGAUCUAGACAGAGUUUUGGAAUUGAAGCCAGAUUUUACUUCUGCGAGAUUACAGCGUGGUAAUGUAUUGCUUAAACAAGCUCAGUUUGAAAAAGCAGAAGCUGAUUUUCGAAAUGUUUUAGCAGUCGAGCCACAGAAUUCAGAUGCCUACAACGCCUUAUAUAAAAUAUCGCCUGCUCAGGAUGAUUUAUUAGUUGCAGACAGAUUAAUAAGAAAUGGUGACUAUGCAACAGCUGCACAACAAUUUACCAGAGUUAUCGAAGUAUGUCCAUGGUCAGCUGAACUUAGAGAACUUAGAGCUGAAUGUUAUGAGGCGCUCGAAGAUUAUAUUAGUGCUAUUUCCGAUGUACGUUCUACAACCAAGUUACAAUCUGACAAUACGCAAGGAUUUUUAAAAUUAGCCACCUUGCACUACCGUUUAGGACAAGUGGAGGAAUCUCUAAAGGAAAUUCGAGAAUGUUUGAAACUUGAUCCAGAUCAUUCAAAGUGUUUUGCAUUUUAUAAGAAAGUCAAGAAAGUAGCAAAACUACUGACAGAUGCGAAUGAGUAUGAGAAUGAAAGAGAUUACACUAAUUGCAUAGAUUCUGCUCUGCCUGUAUUGAAACUUGAAUCACAAGUAGCUAAAGUACGUUUCAUUGCUCAUCAGCAUCUUUGUAAAUGUUAUACUGAACCAAGUCAAGCAAUCAAAAAUUGCCACGAAGCAUUAAAUAUAAGAAAAGAAGCAUCAGUAUACUGUGACAGAGCAGAAGCGUAUCUUGCUGCUGAAAUGUUUGAGGAUGCUAUUAGAGAUUUUAAAGAAGCUUUAGAAAUUGACAUGAGCUUACAAAGAGCGAAGCAAGGUCUACAUAAAGCGCAACAACGGCAAAAGCUUUCUGAAUCACGAGAUUAUUACAAAAUUUUGGGUGUGCCAAGAACAGCAUCUAAACGUGACAUCAUUAAAGCAUAUAGAAAAGCUGCACAAAAAUGGCAUCCUGAUAAUUUUCAAGAAGGAGAAGAAAAGAAACGAGCAGAAAAGAGAUUUAUUGACAUUGCAGCUGCCAAAGAAGUAUUGACUGAUGAUGAGAAAAGAGCGAAGUUCGAUCAAGGAGAAGAUCCAUUAGAUCCUGAAUCAGGGAAACAUCAACAAGGUUUCAAUCCCUUCCAAGAAUUCCAUCACUUCCAUGGCUCUCCCUUCCAAUUUAAGUUCCAUUUUAAUUAAAUGUUUUUCCUUUCAUUCUCAUGGUACUAGUUCAAAUAAAAUUCCUAAUUUUUAAUAGUAUCGCUGUAUAUGCGGCGUGACAUGAGUUUUGCUAUUUUAGCUGAAAUUUGAUUUCGCUAAUCUACCUCGUCGGUAGUCAUAUGUUUUGUAUCUGCAUUGAAUCAGAAGACUGAUUCGGAAAAAUUAUUAAUCAAUCAGUAAGUCAAAAAAAGGUGACCAAUAAUUAAUUAAAGUGAAUCAUAAGACACAUGGUUAAAUAUUAAAUUGUUAUUUGAAUCACAUACAAACUAUAAUGUUUUUAUUAUCAGUUCUCAGUGUCAGUAACUUGUUAUUGAAAUUUAAGAUAUACAUAAUGUAAAUAAUGUAUGCAUGUUAUUUAAUAUGUUAGUUAUAAUAAUUUAUAAUAUAUCGAUUGUAAUGAUUCUGAGUAAUUGACUUACUGAAUAACUAAUAAACGAUAUACUUGAUGCAGACUGAACGUAUAAUUAGUUGUCAGCGAUGUGAAUAUUUGGUACCAUCAAUAUUAUAUAUAGAUAUAGAUUUCGUACUAUCGACAUAUGAAACGAAAGUCAUGAUUGAAUUCGCAUUUUAAUAAAACUAUAGGGUAUAUAGUGGCGAAACGUUGCUAUCUAAACGUUAUAGCGGCAAGCUGUGGAUUAUUGAGUUUAGCUUGAAAUCGUGCGAUGAUUAGAUGGAGUAAAUAUUAUUAAAGCCAUUUUCGGUAACAUAGUCAUCGAGUAAAGAUGCACUUCAGAUACGAAUAGCGGAAUUAUAUUAUGGGAGUGAUUGUAUUCGAUGCUGAUAAACAUUUGUAGAACAGUGCUGUGUGCGUGUUGUAUUCGCAUGAGUGUGAGAGAACUUUAUGUAAAUACUGUAUCUCUGAUAUUUGUUUAAAUAUAUUUGAAUAAUUUAUAUAUAUUAUACUUUAUAAAAUAUACGACAUAUGUCGUAUAUAAUGCUCUUAAAUACCUAUCGCAUUAUAGGAAAUUUUUAAUAUAUAUUUUUAAUUAAUAUAUACCGAGAUAUUUAUAUUUAAAUUUCUUUUUAAAUAGAUUUUCAAAAAUUAUUUAAUUUUAUUACAUAGCAAUUGAGUUUGUUAUCAAACUUUAUCAGUUAUGGAUAUUAUUCUGUACAAUUACAAUUAAUUUAUGUUAUAAAAUUGUUUAUCUAUAUAAUUAGUUUAUCUAUAUAAAAAAGUACUGAAUUUAAAAGAAUUUUUUCACGUUUACAAAAUUAAUUUCGUAAUUAUUGUUUUAUUUACAAUUCCAAGAUUUAAACAAAAGAAACUGUUGAAAAGAUUCAACAGUUCAGAAUUUACAGAAAUUCUGUACUUUUUUAAAAUAUUAAUAUUGUUUAUAAUUUAUAUUUUAUAUUAUAUCAAAAUUUAUUUCUAAUUUAAUAAGAACAAUAACAUUAUAAAGGGAAAUUAAUUUAAAAAUUUUUUUUUUAAGACUAUCAUUUAUAUCAUAAUACUCGUAUAACUGCAUCAUUUUAUAUUUCUCGUUGAUUUUUUUUUUGUUAUUUAUUUCAUAUAAUAUUUGCUAAAAUAAUGCUGCAGUUUAUUAUAUAAUGAUUAAAUUAUGAAAAUUAUUAUCAUUAAUUUAUGAAAAAAUGAUGAAAAUAUUUUAGAGUGAAACAAAUAUUGGAAAUUGAAGUAAAUCUAAAUUGAUGACGGCAAUAAAUAAAAAUAUUAAAUAAGUUAUAAUAAUUUUGUCUAAAUUUAAUUUUAUUGACUAUUACGUACAUUUGAACACAUCUGCAUUUAAUGGAAAUAAGUUUGGCUAAAUUACCAUACUACUUCACUAAGCAAAAUAUUUAAUGGAAUCCUUUCUCGUUUGUAUAUUAGUAAUUUCAAUAUAAUCUAAUUCGAUGUAUUACAUUUUCUUUGUAUAACGUAAAAUUCUAAUAUUAACCUAGAAUCUAGAUGAAACUAUGCAUAGAGGGUGAUUUCUUUGUUUUUAUUCUCUAAAAUAUUUGCAGUGUUUAAAAUAUGUUACAUAAACGAGAUUGUUCACUUUUACAAGUUUGAUAUGUGACAUUAUUAUUUUCUUUGAAAAUAUAUUCUUUAAAUUAUGUAUUUUAUUUCUUUAGUAAAUGUUGCACUAUUAAAAUGA